GCAAAUGCAGUGGACAGAGAGAAGCGAAAACAUCAUACUGCAGGGGUUCCUGUAACAUAUUCUGCUAUCACCAUGACUCCACCAUUCACAUUGUUACUCUACUUACUGAUUGCUGAAGUACUAGCAGAACAGACUCCAGCAUUUGACAACACAGAAAAACCUUCUCUAACGUGGCCAAAUUGGAUGGCCAGUCUCCCAGAUCACCUGCCACUUUCCUCCUUGGCAAUCCCAGGCACCCAUGACACUAUGGCCUUUUAUGGUGGGUCACUUGCUCAGUGCCAGAGUUGGAGACUAGGUGACCAGUACAAAGCUGGAAUUCGGUUUCUGGACAUCCGGUGUCGACAUUAUCAAGAUCACCUACCUAUUUUCCAUGGAGUUUCCUACCAACGCACUGAUUUCACACAAGUUCUCCGUGAAACGGUGACAUUUCUAACCCAAUAUCCAAAAGAAACAGUUCUGAUGCGUGUGAAGGAAGAGUACGAGCCAUACCAGAACACAAGAAGUUUCUACAAGAGUGUGGCUGAAGUGGUAGGAAAUAUAGGAGAACGUUGGUUCCUCAGGACAAAUAGUCUUCCUACCCUAGGAGAGGCCAGGGGAAAGAUCAUUAUUCUACAGCAAUUCUCAUCAACAGACGGUCCAAAUUUUGGCCCACCUUAUCCUGGAUCAAUGAGUAUUUCAGAUGACUAUGAAGUCAGUGAUGCUGAUGUUAAGUGGAGGGAGGUGGAAAGGCAUUUCAAUGUUGCCAUAGAUGGUGAUACAAAGAAAACCUAUCUUACAUAUACAUCUGGAGUGCACUGGCUUCUCUACCCACCAGAAACAUUAGCUCGAAUAAUUAACCCUAGAGCAAACGAGCACUUAAAAUCUAAAAAUUCAUCAGUAAAUAGGAGGAGGUCAGUAGGUGUAGUUAUCAUGGACUAUCCUGGAGGAGACCUUGUCAGGGAAAUUAUCUUGAACAACUGGGUGUAACAGAGAAUAUGAGAAAAUCAUGAAUAUAGUAAAAGUUCUAACAUUUUUAAUUAGGGGCAGGAAACAGUUAUUCUUUUGGAGGAAACAACCUCACAAUUCACUCACACAAUGCAGCUCUCUAAAUGUGAGGAGCCUGGUAGUCAAUAUCGAUAAUCGGCACGCCAAGAUUGUAGUGGAAUAGUGGAAGGAUAGAUGUAUGAGUGAGGUGUAUUUGUCAUAUAACAGUUUAUUCUUUCUUGGAAGCCCCCUCAUAUUACCGCAUUGCUGGUAACUCCUUGCUUCUGUAACUCUUCCACUGAUGUGUCCCUGCACCCAUAUGGUGGUUAUGGUGGUGUUAA